AGUAAUGCACAUUAAUUAAAAGGUUAAAGAAAAAUUAAAGGGAAUGAAGAAAGGUGGUUCCAGAAAGAUGUCAAAUGCCACUGAUGAUUUACCAGAGUUUUUCAAGGUUUACACCUCUGCUCUAAGUUCCGAAUUGAUGAGAAUUCCACCAGAUUUUAUCACCAAAUUUGCUGGGAAUAUUCCGACAACGUGCACGUUGGAAAGGCCACAUGUUGCAUCUUGGAAAGUUGAUGUGUGCAAAGUGAAGGAUUGUUGGUUUUUCCAAAAGGGUUGGCCUAAUUUUGUGGAAGAUAAUUCUCUAGAAGAUGCUGAUUUUCUCACAUUUUGCUAUCUUGGGAAUUCCUUGUUUUGUGUCAACGUAUUCUCACCAAAUGGUUGUGCAAAAAGAGGUCAAUCUGCAGGUACUAAUGUUCCAAUACAUGAGGUCCAUCCAAGACAAGUGGAAGAUAUCAACAAAAACCCUAAUUUCACCAUUGUGCUAACCAGUGGCGGAUCUAGGGGGGGCAGGAGGGGGCGGUCGCCCCCUCCGUGCGACUAUUUUUCCCUUAUCGGGAUGUAAUUUUACCA